ACACGCAGGCGCAGCACGUGCAAUUUCGUAGUUUUCGUCUCUCGUUUGGGUUUGAAAACCCUAAACAGAGAGAAGAAGAAGAAGAAGAAGAAGAGAGAUGGAUUUGGACCAGUGGAUCUCAAAGGUGAAGGAAGGACAGCAUCUUCUGGAGGACGAGCUUCAACUCCUAUGCGAAUACGUAAAAGAGAUUCUUAUUGAGGAGUCCAAUGUGCAACCUGUAAACAGUCCGGUCACUGUUUGUGGCGAUAUUCAUGGCCAAUUCCAUGACCUAAUGAAACUUUUCCAGACUGGAGGCCAUGUACCAGAGACAAAUUACAUAUUUAUGGGCGAUUUUGUUGAUCGAGGAUACAAUAGCCUUGAAGUUUUCACUAUCCUUUUGCUUCUUAAGGCGAGAUAUCCAGCUAAUAUUACCCUUUUGCGUGGUAAUCAUGAAAGCAGGCAACUUACUCAGGUAUAUGGCUUUUAUGACGAAUGCCAGAGGAAGUAUGGAAAUGCUAAUGCCUGGCGGUAUUGUACAGAUGUUUUUGACUAUCUGACACUAUCAGCAAUUAUAGAUGGAACUGUGUUAUGUGUCCAUGGUGGACUUUCUCCUGACAUCCGAACAAUUGAUCAGAUACGGGUCAUUGAGCGAAAUUGUGAAAUUCCACAUGAGGGGCCAUUUUGUGAUCUCAUGUGGAGCGAUCCUGAAGAUAUUGAAACAUGGGCAGUAAGUCCACGUGGAGCAGGUUGGCUGUUUGGAUCCAGAGUCACUUCUGAGUUCAACCACAUAAAUAAUCUAGAUCUGGUUUGUCGAGCACACCAACUUGUUCAAGAAGGUCUUAAGUACAUGUUUCAAGAUAAAGGCCUUGUAACUGUCUGGUCUGCACCAAAUUACUGUUAUCGCUGUGGGAAUGUGGCUUCUAUCUUGAGUUUUAAUGACAAUAUGGUGUUGAGAGUACUGGAACAGAGAAGAAUCUUGAGUAUGUCGGUCAGUUGCUGUGCGGUGGAUCUCCUUUCUGCUUGACUGUAGGUUUUCCAUCUGGUCUGUCUGGCAGCCACACUAUUUUAGGUUCAUGGGUUGUGUAUUACUUAUUAGGUCGCAAAUUGUUAUUCAAUUCUUAAUCCAUGCCCGAUACAUUUCGUUAUGUUUCUUGUCUGCCCUGUUUUGCAAUUCAUGUCUAAUGUAUUAUGCAGAAAUGUGCAAAUUACAACUAGUUUUUUGUUAAUGUAAUAUUUAUGAUGCCUAUGUUUGCCCCGUUUCAA